GGAGGGUCCCUACUCGUUAUCUUCGCUGAGUGAACAGAGGAGGCUGCGGAUUCCCUGCAGACAUGGCAGAGGUGCAGAUUAAGGAGAGCACGGUGAAAGUUUCAGGGCAGACACUGUUCUUUCGUGAAGCACUUCCAUCAGCUGCACCAGGAAUCUCAAAGCCACCCGUCCUACUUCUACACGGGAUCAGAUUCUCAUCUCAGGAAUGGCAAAACCUGAAGACUCUGCACACACUGGCAGCUGCCGGUCACCGAGCUGUAGCCCUGGAUCUACCGGGACUUGGCCGUUCCUCAGAUGCAGUGGCCCCUAGCCCCUUGGGAGAACCGGCUCCACCUGGGUUCCUGCAGGAGGUGUUGGAAUCGCUAAACAUGGUCCCUGCUGUGCUGAUCAGCCCUUCACUCAGCGGGAUGUACACUUUGCCCUUUCUGCUGAACAGCCCACAGAGUGUAGCAGCCUAUGUGCCUGUUGCUCCUAUUUGUACAGACAAGUUCUCUGCUCAAGACUAUGCCCAAGUGCAGGUUCCAGCUCUGAUUGUGUAUGGUGACAAAGAUGAACAACUGGGAGAAUUAUCCCUUCGCAACCUGAAGAAUCUGCCCAAUCAUAGGGUGUUCUGCAUGAAAGGGGCUGGACAUGCAUGUUACCUGGAUGACCCGGACACUUGGCAUCAAGGGCUAAUGGGAUUCCUCAGCAGCCUCAAAUAAAGGGAGGAGACACCUCUGAAUAUCCCACUGAGAACAUUUCCAACCCAGUACCCAGCAAUUGUAAUAGAAUUUGUUUCCUUAUCAGCAACUAAAUAGAUAUAUUGUAACAAUAAACACAAGAUUUAUUAA